AUGAAUAAAGCUGAAGGUAAGCAAUGGCUGAGUGUUUCUUUCUCGCAUUACGGUAGCUUGUAUUACACGGGAGACGUGCAGAAACCAACAGGCAACCACUUCGUCAAGGAUGGCGAGGUUGUGAGAGAUUCAGAGUUUGCCAUUGGCCCUGCUACGGGCCGGGAUUGGUAUGAUGCAGGUCGAUCAAAUUUAGACGUUAAGAAGGGCCCAUGGGCUUCUCUAAUACAGUAUAUGCAAGCAAUCGGAACACGAGAGGUAAAGGCAAUCCAGUCUCUAGAACCUCCGAAAUCGACUGCCUUGUUCUGUGGCCCAAAGCUGUACCAACCAAGCUCGGAGAAGAAAAUCACUGCUUUAGCAUGGUACCGACAAGUCGUCGGUGCACUUAUCCCAACAGAUACCGCCAUAACAAGACCCUGCCUCUGGCAUAAUGAUUUACAUGAUGACAACAUCUUCGUAGACCUAAAACAUCCUAAAAACAUCACGGGCAUCAUCGACUGGCAGUCCUGUCACAUCUCACCCCUCUUUAACCACAACCCCGAUCCAGCCUUCCUUGACUGGGAUAGCCUUGAGCCCGAGACGCUCGAUCUAGCACCACGGCCGACACUAACCGGGCUUUCGCCUCAAGCGCGGUCCGCAGCUGUACACGAGUACACCAUGCAAAACGUAUUUAUUAGAUGGCGCAAACUCAUGCACGCCAAAAACCCAGACCUAUACAGGGUAGCCGAAUUCCGAAGAACAGCAGCCUACGGGUUAAUAUUCCUUGCGCGCCGAAUGUUCGAAUACGGCGAGGCGCACUUCCAAUCGCUUCUGGUUGAUCUGGAACACACAUGGACGGACUUGCCUGCCAUUAUUACCAGCGACACCGCAUUCCCGUUCGACUUUUCGGAGGCAGAUCUCCGGCAUAUCAAAAUGGAUAGCGAUGGUGCAGUAGCAGGAACCGAGCUUGUUGCGGAGAUCAAGCAGAGAAUGGGCGAUUUGUGGCCCGACAAGGGCUUCAUCGAGCAUGAGCGAUACGAUGAUUGCAGAGCUGCCCUCCGCGAAGUCAAAGACCUGGUAUUGGAGCAAUUGGCUGAAACGGACGAGGAAAAGGCUGAGUACGAGCGCUAUUGA